AUGGUUGAGAUUAUGGUUAAACGAUAUGAUAUUCAACAAACCAUACUGCCAUUGCCACCAUGUGAUACAGGUGAUACAAUAAGCCAUUUUUACAAUCAAAGCAAAAAGUUCACUCCAAUUACUUCAAAAUCAACAACUGUUCAAGCAGUUGACAAUUUUUUGGAUCGUUUAAUAAAACUUACUGAAGAAGACGACCAAAUCAAUAAUUUUUUCAAAAAUCUAAAAACUUUGACUCCAGGUGAUUAG